AUGGACUCAAAAACAGUAAUCCACGGUGCCGGUCCCAGUCCCGGCGUUACGCUCGACGAGGAUAGGAUCAGCACCCUUCCCGACCACCUGCUCCAGCACAUCUUGAGCUUCAUGCGGACCCACGAUGCCGUCCGCACGAGCGUGCUCUCGCCGCGGUGGCGGCAUGUCUGGACCGGGAUCCCGACCUUCGCCUUCUCGCUCUCGGGCGACACUGCAAGGUUAGCCGACUCGGUGGACAAGGUGCUCGCCCUUAGUCGCACCUACCGCGUCGAUGUACUCGACAUAUCCAUCAGGCAUCCUCUGCACAUGGCCCGUGCAAACGUGUGGCUUCGGCAGGCCGUGGAACGUGUCCAUGGAAACAUCAGCAUCAGCUUCUUCCCUUCGGCGCCGGCUGCUGACCCGAUCGUGCUGGACUUGCCAUGCGGCGGAAGGACUAGGGCUUUGUCGAUCGUCUUCUCCGAUAACUGUAUCGGAACCCUUAGAGUGCCGCCGGCAUCCUCUGCAGUGGCCAGCUCGUUGACGGAGUUGAAGCUGAAGUUCCUGUGGCUCGACGGCAGCAGAUUCUCGGAUUGUGUGUCAUCCUGCUGCCCUCACCUAAGAAAGCUCAUCCUACAUACCGUUGGUGAUGUGGAUCCCCUGAGACUAUGUAACGACGCCCUAGAAGAUGUUGAUCUUGACUCCGCCCCAGAGGGCUGCCUCCAACAGCUGCAGGUGUCGUCUCGCAACCUUCGCCGCCUACGAAUCAAUAUCCUCUUCUCGCCAGCGACUAGAUUCAGUGAAGUGCACGAUGGCAGCAAGGUUGCCAGUUUCCGCACUCCACGACUAGAGGAUCUCGUCUGGAAUACCAGCGCAUCUAUGCACCCGAGCAGGGUUGAGUUCGCGGACAGCUUGGCCACGGUUCGCCGCCUUGACGUCAUGCUAUUUACCCACGCCUGGGUGGACGACGCCGACUUCUACCACAACAAACUCACCGUAUGGCUUCUUCAACACUGUAGUGGCGUCCGCCGCCUUGAAGUCUCCCUCUGGAAUUCUGCCCCCGACCCCAUGGAGGUUCUUGGUGUACUCGACGAGGCGUCGUUGACACAGUACGAGGAUCUGAUGGUAGAUGUACCCCAGCUUAGCAGUGUCACCAACCUAAGUGUGAUCACCCUAUUGGAUCAUCACGAGUACGGAGCCAGUAUAACAACGCUACUCUCUAGAUGCAAUUACAUAGAGACACUAUUCAUCGAUGUCAAAAGAAAGAGGUUCGAGCUUAAUUACUACGCUUGCGUAGAUGCAACAAUGUGCUGGUGCAACUGUCCUGAGAACUGGAGAAUGCAGAAGCUGCGCCUCGACUUUCUUUGGAAAAUCGAUUUCCUUGGCUUCGCUAGGAGCACUGGGUGGAUGGCCGACCUCGCCGGACUGCUGCGUUUUUCAAGACCAAGGGUGCUAAUGAGGGUCAUAUCCUGUUAUUGA